AUGUCUGAAAUUACUCUAGGUCGUUAUUUGUUUGAAAGAUUAAAGCAAGUCGAUGUUAACACCAUCUUCGGUUUGCCAGGUGACUUCAACUUGCGUUUGCUAGAUGAAAUCUACGAAGUCCCAGGUAUCAGAUGGGCUGGUAACUGUAACGAAUUGAACGCUGCUUACGCUGCUGACGGUUACGCCAGAAUUAAGGGUAUGGCCUGUAUGAUCACCACCUUCGGUGUCGGUGAAUUGUCUGCCUUGAACGGUAUUGCCGGUUCUUACGCUGAACACGUCGGUGUUUUGCACGUUGUUGGUGUUCCAUCCAUCUCUUCCCAAGCUAAGCAAUUGUUGUUGCACCACACCUUGGGUAACGGUGACUUCACUGUCUUCCACAGAAUGUCUGCCAACAUCUCAGAGACCACUGCUAUGAUCACUGACAUUGCUUCCGCUCCAGCUGAAAUUGACAGAUGUAUCAGAACCACCUACGUCACCCAAAGACCAGUUUACUUGGGUUUGCCAGCUAACUUGGUCGACCAAAUGAUCCCAGCUAAGUUGUUGGAGACCCCAAUUGACUUGUCUUUGAAGCCAAACGAUGCUGAGGCCGAAAAGGAAGUCGUUGACACCGUCUUGGAAUUGAUCAAGGACGCUAAGAACCCAGUUAUCUUGGCCGAUGCUUGUGCUUCCAGACACAACGUUAAGGCUGAAACCAAGAAGUUGAUUGACGCCACUCAAUUCCCAGCUUUCGUUACCCCAAUGGGUAAGGGUUCCAUUGACGAACAACACCCAAGAUUCGGUGGUGUUUACGUCGGUACCUUGUCUUCCCCAGCUGUCAAGGAGGCCGUUGAAUCUGCUGACUUGAUCUUGUCUGUCGGUGCUCUAUUGUCCGACUUCAACACUGGUUCUUUCUCUUACUCUUACAAGACCAAGAACAUUGUCGAAUUCCACUCCGACUACAUCAAGAUCAGAAACGCCACUUUCCCAGGUGUCCAAAUGAAGUUCGCUUUGCAAGCUUUGUUGGAAAAGGUUGCUGAUGCUGCCAAGGGUUACAAGCCAGUUGCUGUCCCAGCUGCCCCAGCUGCCAACGCUGCCUGUGACGCUUCUACUCCAUUGAAGCAAGAAUGGAUGUGGAACCAAGUUGGUAAGUUCUUGCAAGAAGGUGACAUUGUCAUCACUGAAACCGGUACUUCUGCUUUCGGUAUCAACCAAACUCACUUCCCAAACAACACCGUCGGUAUCUCUCAAGUUUUGUGGGGUUCCAUCGGUUUCACCACUGGUGCCGCCUGUGGUGCUGCCUUCGCUGCUGAAGAAUUGGACAAGGAGAAGAGAGUUAUCUUGUUCAUUGGUGACGGUUCUUUGCAAUUGACCGUUCAAGAAAUCUCUGUCAUGAUCAGAUGGGGUUUGAAGCCAUACUUGUUCGUCUUGAACAACGAUGGUUACACCAUUGAAAAGUUGAUCCACGGUCCAACUGCCCAAUACAACGAAAUCCAAAGCUGGAAGCACUUGGAAUUGCUACCAACUUUCGGUGCCAAGGACUACGAAACUUUGAGAGUUUCCACCACUGGUGAAUGGGACAAGAUGGCCGCUGACAAGGACUUCAACAAGAACUCUAAGAUCAGAUUGAUCGAGAUCAUGUUGCCAGUUAUGGACGCUCCUUCUAACUUGGUUGCUCAAGCCCAAUUGACUGCUGCCAUUAACGCCAAGCAAGAAUAA